AUUAUUAUUAUUAUUAUUAUUAUUCAAAAAAAGAAAAUAAUAAUUUUAUAUACCAGCUUAGAAAAAAAAAAUACACACACACACACACACACACACGCUUUUCAUCUUAUAAAAAAAAAAAAUAAACCUCCCCAUUCCUUUUUUUUUUUCUCUCCAUCUUUCUAUACCCUUUUUAUCAGUCCUUUCAUUUCACCUUCCUAUUCUUUAUAUAUAUAUAAUGGAUUCCAAUGAAAAGAAAAUGAAACGAAGUAGUAUGUUGGCUUAUGUACCUGUACAUCGACGAACCGAUAGUCCGGAUCAAAGAACAACUCAACAAUAUCAAGAAAAUAAUAAACGCAACUCUUAUGGACAAGAUUUUAAUAGUAUUCGAUAUAAUACUGAUAAACGACUUUCUUUACAACAACAACAACAACAACAACGUGGAUGGCGUAAACAUAAUAAUGGUAGUAGUGGUGGAUCAGUUGAAGAUGAAGAUAAUUCAGAAGAUAAUAGUUUUCCAACAACUCCUGCUAUUCAUCGUUAUUCUAACAAUAACUAUCACAGUAACCACAAUUCGAUGUCUUCUUAUGAUCCCAAAAUGGAAAAGUUAGGUGCCAUGCUAGAAUCCUUGUCUCAUGAUGAUCAUCGACAUAGUUCUGGUCCUGAAGAGUGGGAUGAAUUGUUACGCCAAUAUGAUCGAUCGGAUGAAGAGGCAGCUAUUUUAGCAAGAAAGAAUAAAAGGGCUAGUCGAAUCAUGGAUCCUUUUAGUGAACCUCCAGCACAAGUUCCCGUGGUGGAUGAACCUACUGUUGUAUUGGAUUGUCGUGAUUUCCCAAAAUCAUUCAAAACCCAUCAUUUACAUGAUAUCUUUAGGGAGUAUGAAAAUGUUCGUGGUGGUUACAGAAUCAAAUGGAUGGAUGAUACCCGAGCCUUGAUUAUCUUUGAACAUCCUGCUACUGCCAAAAAAGCCUAUAUCGACAACGUUGCUCAUGCUUAUGCUAAAAUCCGCCCAUAUGAAGGGCCAACUGAUUUCUUGUCCAAUCCAAGCACUCAAACACCUCGACGAUCCAUGAAUUACGAUACGAAACGACACAGUGGAAUUGUACCCAAACCUUUGAAAUGAAAGUAUAUGGAUAACAAAAAUAGUGUAGAUUAGUGAUUAGUUUUGGUCGUGAUGACAAUGAUGAAAAACAAUUCUUUUUUUUUUUUUUGGACACUCUCUUAUAUAUAUACACUUUGUUGAAAAUAAAUCUAUAUAUUUACUGUUACUGGAUAAUGGAUGAUGG